GUGCCAAAAACACAUUUAUUUUUUAAAUAAAUAUAUUAUGGUUAUGGCAUCUAGUACUAUAACUACAACACCAUUAUUACCUUCCUCACCUCCUCCUCCCCCCUCUUCCACCUCUUCUUCUUCCUCUUCCUCUUCUUCAACAAUAAAUACUUCAACAACUUCCCCAACUUCCCCAAUUCAAAACAAAACUUUAAUAUCAACGUCAGCAUUUAUUUCAACAAAAAAAUCUCCAAAUGUCCCAGAACUUAAAAUUGAGAAUAAUAAUGGAGGAAAUAAUUCUUUAAAUAAUAAUGGAUGUUGUUUACAUUUUAAUAAUUCUUUAAAUUGUAAAAAUGGAGGAGGAGGAAUUAAAACACCGAUGAGUGCUGCAACUUUGUUUUCCAAUGGAAUUUGUUUUUUAGAAACUCCAACACCCAAAAUACCCGAUACUUUGAGAACACCUACAGCUUUACUUACAUCACCUACUAACUCUUCUGCUAGUUCAAAGUCUUCUGUAAGAGAAAAAUAAAAUUUUUAAAAAUUUGUUUUUAAAAAUUCGAGCGACUUUUCCCUUUUUUGUUAAAGUUUUUUUCAAUGAAAAAAAAAUUUACAAUUAUGUAAAGGUAAGUUAAUUAAUUCCUAAGCCCUAAUAUGUUCCGAGAAAAAAAUGUUGUGGAAAAAAAUACAGAUAAUCGAACAGCAAAACAGUCGAUUAAAAACAUUGACUGCCUGUAAUAUUUAAAAUGUCUCACAAAAAUUGGUGUAAAAAACAUUCUCAAAUUUAAUUCUUUAAGACGAAUAUAAAUCAGGCAAAAUUUGCAAACCAU